ACAACAUAGACUUCGUAACCGGUAGAAAUAAUGGCAAGAACUAUGAGAGCUGUGGAUUCAUUCAUGGCGAUGGAUGAAUAUUUUUCUUUCCCCACUUUAUCAACUUCUGGUCAUAUUAGCCAUUUUGCUGAUUUUCUCUUCUUGGGUAAAAAGAAGAGAAGUCAGAAAAUGAUGAGAAAACUGAGAACUACAACUGUGGCUUCACUUAUUUUUUACAAUCCCAUUGUAGAAACAGUAGCAGAGAAGUCUGUGAAGCUCAAGAUCCUAGCAGAGAUGACUCUGAGGAAUCCUGAAAUUGAUUAUUGGGAGAAAAUGCUUCGUUUCUUAGAUAACACUGACUCUAGCCUCAAGGGUCUUGUCUUCCAGCUCGUUAGCACCCACAUAGAUCCAAGGACAAUGCAAGCAAACUUAAGCAACGAAGCUACGUUGGAAUUGUCGAAAAUCAAUAAAACUGAAGGCAAACAAGUUUCUUACAAAUUAGAAUUUCAGGUUGAUUCAAACUUCGGUGUACCAGGAGCUAUCACAGUGAUUAAUAAAUAUCAGAAAGAGCUGUUCUUGGAAAGUGUCACCAUUGAAGGAAUUGUAAAGUUUGCUUGUGAUUCCUGGGUUCAACCAGACAAGAUUCAUCCUGAGAAAAGAAUCUUUUUCUCCAACAAGCAGGUUUAUUUACCUUGUCAAACACCACUAGGGCUAAAAGAUUUGAGAGACAUGGAACUUAAGCAAUUAAGAGGGGAUGGAAAAGGAGUAAGGAAAUUAUCAGAUAGAAUAUAUGAUUAUGAUGUAUACAAUGAUUUAGGGAAUCCUGACAAAGGAGUUGAAUAUUCUAGACCAACUUUAGGAGGUGAGAAUUGCCCAUACCCAAGACGGUGUCGUACUGGACGUCGCCCCAAUAACUCAGAUGACAACACAGAGUCUCCAGUAAAUGAAGAAUUGCCAAUAUACGUUCCGCGAGACGAAGCCCUUGACGAAUCGAAAGCUAAAGCAGUAGAUGAAGGAAAGUUGAAAGGAUUGGUGAAAAAUGUGAUUCAUAAACUAAGUAAUGUGGCGACGAUGAAGAGUGAUUGUAUCAAGGAUUUUUCAGAAGUAAAUUCUCUGUAUAAAGAAAGGAGUCUCUUGGGAGUACAGACACCAAUGGAAAAUUGGAGAAGGCUUCCAUUGCCAUCUAUUCUCAGCAAGAUCCCUCUCUCCAUAACUGAAAUAUCCAAAUUUGACCCUCCAAAGGGCAUUUCUCUUUCAGGGGCAGCAUCUUGUUGCUUGCGAGAUGAGGAGUUUGGUCGUUUGACGCUUAGAGGUUUAAACCCUUUAAGCAUUGAGAGGCUCAAGGUUUUUCCUCCUGUAAGUAAACUGAAUCCCUCCAUCUAUGGUCCACAAGAAUCUUCGCUCAGAGAGGAGCACAUCGUCGGUUAUCUCAAUGGAAUGACCGUACAGCAGGCAAUAGAAGAGAAAAAGCUGUUCAUUCUGGACUAUCAUGACAUCUACCUUCCAGUUUUGAAUCGAACAAAUGCUCUUGGCGAACGUAAAGCUCAUGCAACACGUACAAUAUUCUUCCUGAAUCCAUUGGGAACGCUGAAACCUAUUGCUUUUGAACUCAGCCUCCCACCGAUGGAUAAGAGUUCACCGUCAAAGCAAGUUGUCACCCCGCCUGUGGAUGACACCAGUUACUGGCUCUGGCAACUAGCCAAAGUCCAUGUUUGCUCCAACGAUGCUGGUGCCCAUCAACUGAUUCAUCACUGGUUGCGAGUUCAUGCAUGCAUGGAGCCAUUUAUUAUAGCUGCACACAGGCACUUAAGCGUGAUGCACCCAAUUUUUAAGCUUCUCAAGCCUCACAUGAGAGAUACAUUGGCUAUAAAUGCACUGGCUCGUAAAGUUCUGGUUAAUGCAGAAGGUAUCAUAGAGUCUUACUUCUCUCCAGGAAAAUACUGCCUGGAGAUUACUCAAUCUGUAUACAGAGAUUGGUGGCGAUUCGACUUGGAGGGCCUUCCUGCUGACCUUAUUAGAAGAGGAAUAGCAGAGCCUGACCCAACCCAGAAACAUGGCUUGAGAUUACUUAUCGAAGAUUACCCAUAUGCCAACGAUGGACUUCUCAUAUGGUCAGCCGUUGAGACAUUGGUUAGAACAUAUGUGAACUACUAUUAUCCAGAGGCAAGUUUAGUCCAAUAUGACACUGAGCUUCAAGCCUGCUAUAAUGAGUUCAUCAACGUAGGCCAUGCAGAUGUUUCUCAUGCCGAUUGGUGGCCAAAACUCUCAACUCCAGAGGACCUCGCCUCCUUCCUUACUACCAUUAUAUGGAUUGUAACAGCAGAGCACGCAGCAUUAAAUUAUGGGCAAUAUCAUUACGGUGGAUUCAUCCCACAUAGGCCACCAUACAUGAGAAAGCUGGUGCCCAGUAAAGGCAAUGGUGAUUUUCUUGCAGACCCACAAGGACAUUUCUUGUCUUCAUUGCCAAGUCUGUCUGAAACGACAUAUUUCAUGUCUGUGCUUGAUAUACUGUCCACGCAUUCAAUGGAUGAGGAAUAUAUUGGUUAUAGGAAAGAUCUUUCAACAUGGGGAGGUGACCCUGAGAUCAUUGAAGCUUUCUACAAAUUCUCAAUGGAGAUAAAGAAGAUUGAAAAAGAGAUUGAAAGAAGAAACGCUGAUCCGAAACUUAGCAGCCGUUGUGGGCCUGGUGUUGCAGCUUAUGAACUGCUCUUACCAAGCUCAGGUCCUGGGGUUACGGGCAGAGGGGUAACCAACAGUAUAUCAAUGUGAAUAAUGCAACUCAAUAUAGAGUUAGCCAUUGAUUAGGAUGGUCUUCGUAUAUCCAAUGAUUAUGUAAAAUAAUUUUUCUAUAUGUGGAUCGGUCUGAUCCAAAAUAUAUAAAAAUGAAUUUCAUUUAAAUUUAUUAUAAAA